UCUGUGGCAGCCUGCUGCUGGCUGUCAUUACACUGUACAUGGUAGAGUUGAUGUUUUAUGGCUAUUGUUCUCAACCUUUCGACAUGGCGCUGAGAACGGACGUAAACACGCCUCCCCUGAGGAGAACCAGAGAGGUUGGAGACGAUAAUGUCGGCGGCAAGAUGGCCAAACUCGACACCAGCCGGUUGGAGUCUUGUUUGGAUCCGUCUGUGGAUUCAAGCAGCGUUCAUGAAGUCAUCAACUACACACCAUCAUCACUACCAGUCAAACAUUAUGACACUGACACCACUGAGCCGGUCAUCUGCGGUCUUCAGACUUUGGAAGAGCUGUUGUCGUGGCAACGGAGCGAGGCCAACCCCUUCAAUGUGGCCGCGGUCCCUCUGGCUGCUCGGGAGCCUCCUCUGUCCAGCAGUUCACGGCGGACCCUGGUGUCUCAUGACAUGAUGGGCGGCUACCUGGACGACAGGUUUGCUCAGGGGACAGACUCCGAGAGCCCCUAUGCCUUCUACCACUGGCAGUACAUCGACAUUUUCAACUACUUCACACACAACUUGGUCACCAUUCCUCCUGCCGUAUGGACCAAUGCUGCACAUAAACAUGGAGUUGUCAUGCUAGGGACUUUCAUCACUGAGUGGACUGACGGGGCCAAGGUGUGUGAGACCUUCCUGAAGGGGGAGGAGUCGUACCGGGCGGUGGCUGAUAGGCUGGUCCAGAUCAGCCACUACUACGGCUUUGAUGGCUGGCUCGUUAACAUAGAGAACACCCUCAGUGAGGCUGCGGUGAAGAACACACCACUGUUUCUGCGCUAUCUGACCGACCAGAUGCAUGAGCGAGUCCCUGGCAGCCAGGUGCUAUGGUACGACAGCGUGCUGGAGACUGGACAGCUAAAAUGGCAGAACGAACUCAACCAGUCCAACAGGGUAUUUUUCGAUGCAUGUGAUGGUUUCUUCACCAACUACAACUGGACGGAGCAGAGCCUGGAGUGGAUGAAGACCUACAGCGGGGCCCAAGGCCGCCAGGCUGAUAUCUACGUUGGGGUGGAUGUAUUCGCCCGCGGGGAGGUGGUGGGAGGCAUGUUCGACACAAAUAAGGCCUUGGAGAUCAUUCGGAAGCACGACUUCUCCACAGCAAUCUUUGCUCCAGGCUGGGUGUACGAGACACACAAUGACAAGACAGAGUUCCGCAAGAAUCAGGACAAGUUCUGGGCUUUGCUUUCAGAGUUCCUGUAUAUCCAUCGACCAACAUCGCCUCUCCCGUUCAUCUCCUCCUUCUGCCAGGGCUUUGGAAAGUCUCUCUACUGGAGGGGCCAGCGGGAGACAAAGAAGAACUGGUUCAACCUGAGUGCCCAGGAGCUCCAGCCCCUGUACUACAGCGAGCAGUUUGGGGCGAACGGCUGGCUGACGAGCCGCGGCUGCCCUGAAGACGCCUGGAACGGGGGCUGCUCACUGCUGUUAGAGGGUCUCAUCCCUGCAAGUCUCAACAAAGUCUGUGCCAGAAUCUUCUCUCUCCAUGUACCUUUGGCCUCCAACACCCUGGUUUCCUUCAUCUACAAGCCAUCUGCAGGAAUAACCGUCUCUCUGGAGCUGAAGACCACAGAUGCCAGUCUCUGUACACACCAGGGGAUCCGGGACAUCAAUUCUACCAGUGUGUUUCCUGAAGUCCUGGAUGACAGACACCAGCUGAUGAGACAGUUUUCUCAGCUUUGUGGCCAGUGGAACCCAGAUGGCUGGACCAUCAGGUGUUCCCAGUUGGAGCUGCAAGGCUGUGCUCUGAGGGAGGUGUGUGUGAGCAUACAGCGAGAGGGGGAGCCCCAGGACACACCCUUCAGCUGCAGGGUGGGAGAAAUCAUGGUGCUGGAUACAACCAGUCUCCUGGUGCCCCCUGAGUCCAUCCAGCGUUUAUGCAUUUAUGACGUGGUGUGGCUGCGAGGCACCUGCGUCUCCCCAGAGUCGAACUUGCCCUGCCUCUACCUCAACGCCACUCUGCGCUGGAGCUACCCAUCUGAGCUCGUGCGCCACUUCAGGGUGUACUGGCGGCGGCUGAGGGGACCGGACCCCCGAAUCCCCCCGGGUCAGAUGGUACUCGUGGGCCGGGCGUACUCCACUCUGUUCAGGCUGACGGAGCUGGUUGUGCCCGAGCCUCCUGGCUUAAUGGAGCUGGUGGUGGAACCGGUGAUCAGGGAGGGCUUCCUGGUCCCAGAGAGCCACUGGGGGAGACAAAGCCUCAGCUACUCAGAGAGCCAGGUUACAGCCACGUAAAGAACAUGUCACAGGUCUGAGCAGGCUGCUGCUUCCUUCUGUCCUGGCUAACCAGCUCUUCUUCACGUCCAAAUGACCAAUCUGACUUCCACCAACACUGAGAUUGGGAUUCUACUAAUUUAUUCUUUAAAACAAGUCACGGUGAUCAUGAUGUCCAUUAUAAUUGGUUUAAGUUGCACUGGGUACAUUGUUUUUUUUUUUUUUUUUUUUUGGUAAGUGUGAUGUGCCCUGUCUGAGAUAGAGCACAAAGCUGGGGGCCCUGCUGGCUUGGUGAUGGGGCAAUCAGGUUUAUAUUUAAAAUGUCCAAAACAGAUCAGCAGAGGCUCCGAAAUCAUGCAUCUCCGACAGCCCCAAUCCAUUGUCCUUUCUCCAAUCUUAGGUUGUGGGGGACAAUUACGACUUCAAAGCUUGUUUGCCUCGCGAAAGUAACAUUUUACUAUUUAAAAGAUAAUUCCAGUUCCAAACAAGGCCUUAUUUCCCAAUUUUUGCCAUCAUAAUUAAUAGUAAUCAAGCACUCAUACUUCCUUCACUGUAGAACUUAAUGUAUCUUCAGUUCAAAUACACAGUGGUAGAGCUACAAGUUCCAACAGUUGGACCCUAACCCUAACCCUUUUCAGCACAAUAAUGUGCAGACUGCAAUGGGACUUUCCUACAUUGAAAGUCUAAUCUUGCAUUGCCUGAAUAUGUUUCGUAGAUUGAAUGUUUUUAGUUUGUGGAUGAUUUAAAUAUAUGAAUACCAGCUAUUUUAAAUGUGGUUGUUCCAAUGGAAAAAACUCCCUUCAGUCACUAGAAUUACUCUUUAACCAAGCGGAUCAACUGUGAACAUAUUUCUCUAUUUUACUUCCCUGCCAUUUUGACAGCUGGCUACAGACCAGUUUAGAAAAUCACAUUGCCCUCAUUUAUAAUUUUUAUUGCACUUGUUUUGAAACCCAGCUUGUAGUCAUGCACCUUUAAGAAUCCAUGUAAAAACAUAAGCUUUGCAAGAACGGGUGGUAUUGUGAAAAGCAAGUAAACAUGCACUUAUGCAAUUUUAUCAAUAGACUGAAUCAAGAGCUGCAACAUGUUUGUAUGUAAAUUCUUUGCAAAGUCACCCUUUCUCUCCCCUGUCCAAAAGUAGAGGUCAUGGCACCGCAUAUACCAGCCAAGGACAAAGUUGGAGAAUCAUAAUUUCAUUUGAGCAAAUGGGGCCUAAAUAUGAUGUCUUAAUACGAGAUGGGCUGCUCCUCUGUUGCAGCCUGGACUGAAGCCACCAGCAGUUCUUUAUCAAGUUAUCUGAUGGAUGUGUUGUAAUUACUUGGGCCUUGCUUUUUGUAUCCUCAUGAAUAAAUACAAACAGUUUGUGCACU